CACGACACUUGGGUGAGAAUGUUGCACGCUGCGGCUUCACUUGUAUUUCUGGCCGUCAUUUCAGAUGCCGGUGGUUCUAAGCAAGAAAGGUGCGAGUUCAGAAGCAGGUGCGUGGCCGUCGACUCCUGCCCUGGCAUCGACCCCCUUAUCGCCUCACCGGAUGCCCACAAUGCACGGAAAGCCCCAGGGAGAGCGCACCACAGCGGCGAAGAGCUUAAGCGAGUAUGUUGUGACCUGUCCAACAUCACAACCUCGAUGGCCACAGUUCCCAACGAGGACCCGGCGUUACCUCGCGAUUGCGGCUGGGGACAGAGAUUAAAGCGUGAAUAUCCCGGUCCUGGGGACUACCCGUGGCAAGCCCUUCUCGGAUACUCAGAUUCACCGUCAGGAGACAAAAGCCCUACUUGGGACUGCGGCGGAGCGCUCAUCACAAACCGCUACGUCCUCACAGCCGCUCACUGCGCUGCCACUGAGAGCGCAACGGGCAGAAAGCUAGUGGCCGUGCGUCUGGGCGAAUUCAACCUGACUUCAAGGAUAGAUUGUCUUUUAGGCUGGUGUAUAUUGCCUCCCGAAGACUUCUUACCCGAGGCCGUGAUCCUCCACCCUCACUACGGCACUCCUUCUCCUCGAGCCAACGACCUUGCCCUUGUAAAACUCGACAGAGAAGCUACCUUUCGAAUCGGUAUUUCCCCUGUCUGCCUACCCCCUGAGGACCUACAGCUGGAGCUCUAUUAUUAUGGUGGAUUGGAGACGCCUGGGUGGGGCACAGUGGGCUUCCAGGGACCAGCUUCCGAGGACUUGCAAGGUGGUUCCGUUUCUCUCGUGAGCCUUAGCCUGUGCAAAGGGCGCGAGGCGUUGGAGGAUGUGGUAUUCGUCGAAGGAAAGCCUACUCCCUUUGGUGACCCUUGUUUUGGAGACACGGGAGGUCCCUUAACGACGGAGUUUGGCCGUAACAUAUUGAUUGGCAUACACGCAUUUGGCAAUGUGUGUGGACUGGCUGCUUACACCAACAUCGCAAAGUACAGACCGUGGAUCAUAGAAAACGUCCGUUAUUAGAUUUAAGAGGAAAAUCAUUUGCCUGAACCUUUGACAUUUUGAUUAUUUUGAGAAAAUUUAUUUGCUGUUUUUAUUACUAUUAUUAUUGUUACUUUUACCAGCACCAUUAUUAUCAUCAUUACUAUAAUUCCAUUGAAAUAUUGCCAGAAAUGUAGUUGAAAUAAAGGGUUAUCCCCAAUAACAAUUUGAUAAUAAAAUCAUAUCAACAUUUUGGUAUUAUUCUUACAACAGUAGGUACUUUACUAUUGUCAUUUUUGGUGAUACCCGGAUACUAGA